UUCUAUUCUAUUCUAUUCUAUUCUAAGUUUCCAUCAGGAUCUGACCCUGAUGGUCGUUUUUGCUGUAUUGCUCCAAUGAUUUCAUAAAUUUGUUGUAUAUAUUUUAUAAUUUAAUCAUCAGGGAUCUUUUUACUGAGCAGCGAUGUAACGUUUGGCUAAAAGGCUCUCACAGAGCUGCAGGUGGAGCUGAACCAGAACCACCACAUCAUCAGCUCAUAGCUCAAAGACACCACCUCAUGUCAGGCCAGGGGGCGUGGUCUCCGCCCAUCGACCCAUUCCUGGCCAUUUCAUUUAUUUGUGACUGACACCUUUGUUUACCUGAGCAGGUGCAGAAUAUCAUUUAACUCUCGGAGGAAAAAAGUUUGUUUCCUGUCAGGAUCAGAUGCCGGUCAUGUGACUAGCGGGGUUACUCACCCCUCGCUAUGAACCGUCAGAUGAACCGUUUUACCACCUGAUCCAGAGAGAGAGAGAGAGGGAGGGCUGAGCCAUCAGAGCGACAGAUCUCUGAGAGAGAAAAGAGGAGGAGAUGAGGAGAGGGAUUAGAGGAGAAACAGAAGGAGGCUCGCUGAGGAAGAGGAGGAUUAAUGAAAAGAGGAAGAGAACAAAAGGAAAUACAGUAAGAAGAGAGGAGCUGAGGAGGAGGAAUGUUUGAUCAGCUCAUCAAGAAUCAACUUGAAGACAGACAGGCCUGUGGGCGGCGAGCAAAACCUUUAGCACACCAUGACAACCACACAUUCAUCAUGUCCAUCUCACACGUCCUCGCCCUCCUCGCCCUCCUGCUGCCGUGGGGACGGUGUCAGUUUGAUGUGUGUCGAUCUCUGCACGGCUCGAAGGCGGGGCCUGAGUUUUACGCCUGUCAGCCGCCCCCGACCAACAUGAAGGAGGUGAUGCAGAUCAGAGUUGACCCCCCUGGGAUCACCUGUGGAAACCCACCUGAGAGAUUCUGUACACUGGAGAACCCGUACCUGUGCAGCGAUGAGUGCGACGCCUCCAGCCCAGACCUGUCUCACCCUCCUCAGCUCAUGGGAGACAGGGAGAGGGGUGGGCUCAUCACUUACUGGCAGACAAUCACAUGGUCCAGGUUUCCUGAGCCCCUAUUGGCCAACAUCACCCUUACCUGGAACAAGAGUCUGGAGGUGGUCGAUGACAUUGUUGUUACCUUCGAAUAUGGCCGUCCAACCAGCAUGGUGCUGGAGAAAUCCAUCGACAAAGGUGUCACUUGGCAGCCGUAUCAGUAUUAUGCCGACGACUGUCUCGAGGCUUUCGGCAUGUCGCCCAAACGAGUCACUGAUUUAGCACCAAGUAACAUUACCCGGGUCAUCUGCACCGAGCAGUACUCCCGCUGGGUCGGCGCUAAGGAAGAGAAAUCUGUGGUGUUUGAGGUGCGAGCUCGGUUCGGGGUGUUUGCUGGUCCAAAGCUGAUCAAUAUGGAUGCUCUGUACACUCGGAUGGAGACCACAAAGGGACUCAGAGAUUUCUUCACUUUCACCAACCUCCGACUGAGGCUCCUCCGCCCGGCACUGGGAGGAACCUACGUCCAGAGAGACAACCUGCUGAAAUACUUCUAUGCUAUUUCCAACAUUGAUGUUUUUGCCAGGUGUAAGUGCAACCUGCAUGCAUCUCAGUGUGCGCUGCGCGAUGCAACACUGCAGUGUGAAUGUGACCACAAUACGGCUGGACAGGACUGUCAGAGCUGCAGCCGAGAGUUCACAUCUCGCACCUGGAGACCGGGAUCAUACCUGCCUCUGCCCAAAGGCACUGCCAACGCCUGUGAAGCAACAGAACCUGCAGCCAACUCAUUCAGUACAGCUGGACCUACCACAGACACAGCUCCACCCAACACUCCACGUCUGAAGACUGGAGAAAAACCACCUCCCAGAGUACUAGACAGUACCACCAGCCGUCCUACCAGUACCACCCCCACUGUCCAAGGCAGCAGUACUGACACUGGAGGGUCUAUCGCUGACCCACUGGGUCCACCCUAUAACUCCACUUCAGACUUUGGUGUACCUGGGACUGAUAUAUCGAAAGUGGUGACCAGUUCUGUGUCACCUACUGUCGCAGAACCAUCAGCUGGAAUUCUGCCUCUAACAACCAUCCCAGAAACGUUUUCCCCAGGUGACGGGUCUCAAUUGGAAGACUUUCUCCCCACUGGAUCUGUCCGUAUCAGUCAGGCUGGAGAUACUCUCUUUACAACAAAACGUGAUGGAAUUUCUCUUCGUCCUGACAUACCUCCUCUGGCCGUACCUCCUCCAGAUCUACCACUGGAAGCUCCCUCUGUGGAUAUACCUUCUGCUCUUAAUGAAGCCCUUCCUGAUGUAAUUUCUCCUGAUGUUUUACUGGAUGUACUAUCUCCGGAUACACUUUCUCCUGAUGCAUCAUCUCCGGUUACACCUACUAAUAAUGUACAGCUACCAGAAAUGCCCCCUCUUGAUCUAUCAUCUCCAGAUACACUCGCUCCUGAUGAAAUAGUUCCUUUUGUUCCAACCCCCGAUGUACUGUUUCCAGAUGCACCAUCUCCUCCUGCUUUAUCUUCCCUCAAUGUUCCAGCUCCUGAUGGAGCUCCUACUGAUAUAUCUUUCCUUGAGGUACCUACUCAAGAACUUCCUCGUCCUGAUCUCCCUCUGGAAGUACCACCUCCUGACAUACCUGCUCCUGAUGCACCUCUUCCCGACCCACCUUCUCGUAAUGUAUUUCCUCCAGAUACACCUCCUCCUGACCUACCUUUUCCUGAUCCACCUUCUCCAGAUGUACUUCCAGAUGGGCCAUCCACUAAGACUCCAGAUACUUCAGUAGAUUUUCCUCCUCCUGAUGUACCUUCUCCUGAUGGGGCAUCUCCAGAAAUACGUCCUCCUGAUGCUACCCCUCCAGCUCCAGAUAUUCCUGAGGAGUCCGUGUUGCCUCCCUAUGGAGGUGGUCCUGUAUCAGACACAAAGUCCGCUACUAUAGAUCAGUCUGACCCUGCUGGUAAUUUAGCACCUGUUGACUUUACCAUCCCAGUUCCAGAAAACCCGAAGUCAGUUGGCCCUGGACAAGGAUCUGAUUCUCAGCCCAUGCCUGUAUUUGAACCUGGCAAUGUUUCAAGUGACAAUAUUAAAACGCCUGGAUCUAAUUCUAUCAAUGCUGGACAGGAAUCUUUUCCAGUUAAGCAAGGCAGAGGAGAGACAGGAAAUGAGAAAUCUGAAUCAAGUGGUCCAGAUUCUUCUGUGCCAUACAGAAACAUUCCUAAUGUGGAUCCAGGCAUUGAGAAUCCUGCAGUAGAUUCUACAGCAAACAAAAAGGAAAGAACGUCUUCCGGAGAGGAAUCUGUUGAGCCAUCAGGAGGGUUGAAGUUUGAGGAAAAGAAAGGCUCGAAACAAGAAAUGACAAGAGAGGAAACAAAGGAAAAAGUGCCUGAAGCCAAAGAGGAAUCUAAAGAAAAAUCUAAAGCUGAAGGAGAGAAGGAGAAAGAGGACAAAGGCUAUGAGAAGAAAGCGACCCAGAAGAUCCUGAUUCCAGGAGGACCAAAGUUCAGUCAGCUGUCCAAAAUUGCUUAUGUGAGCUUCCAGGACUGUGAGUGUAAUGGUCACUCCAACCGCUGCAGCUACAUCGACUUCAUCAACGUGGUCACAUGUGUGAGCUGUAAACACAACACGCGGGGGCAGAAUUGUCAGUACUGUCGCCUUGGUUACUACCAAAAUGCCUCGCUGCCGCUGACCGACGAGAACGUCUGUGUUGGAAUACAGGAGCGCAACAUGAGGGUUAAAAGGAAAGUGACCCCGCUCCCCAGAGCCAUAUCCAGAAGCCAGUUUACAGAGUGCGAGUGCCACGCAGACGGCAGCGUGUCUCCUCGAUGCUCGGACUCGGGUCUUUGUCAGUGUAAAGAUGGAGCCACGGGGAGGCGCUGUGACUCCUGUUUACCUGGAUACACCUGGAGAGGAGGCGGGGUUGGCUGCACAGCAAACGUGUGCGACGGCGAGCGUUUGGUCUGUCGGAAUGGAGGAACCUGCGUCGACUUCCUGCGCUGCGUCUGUCCUGAAAACUUCACAGGUUUAUUCUGCGAGCAGAGGGUGUGUCUGAAGAAGAACGGCUGCCUGGAGAACACUGAGGACUCCGCCUCCUCUCUGGCAUCACACCUUUACCUGCUGACCUUCGGUCUGAUCACCGCCACUUUCUGCUGACCCCGCCCCCAGGCACAAUGUCCCAUAAUGGCAUCACCUGGGGCGAUGUGAUUGCAACCAAAUGUUUUUCACUGAACUUCAUGUUUUCUUGACGUUGUCGUACAGGAUAUUACAUCACAAUCUUAUGACAUCACAUAAGGCCCCGCCCACUAAGACGAUCAUCACAUUAUAAUUUUAGGAGACCAACAACAGGUGACUUUAACCUGACGAAUCAGAGACAGCCGAAGUCUGCAGGAACAAAACUGCCUCAACCCUCCUCUCCCUCCACCCCGUCCUCUCCACCCUGUCCUCUCCACCCUGUCCUCUGAAUAAUAAAGGUUUAUCUUAUCUCCUUUUCCCCCUCCUCCUGUGGGGUUCAAGGACUCUUUAAUUUGUACGGAUGAAGCUCUUCAAAAACAUCGUCACCCAUAUUGCACUUGGAGCUCUGACUGGUGCAUACGUCUGAAGAUCAAACCAGGUGAAAUCAGCUGAUCAGUAAAGUCACGUGUCCUCUCUAUUUCAUGCAGAAAUGUGAUGAAGAUUAUUGAUAAAGCUGCUGAUCGCUUGCCCAGCUCCAGCAUUGAUAAAUGGUGAUUCUCUUUUUGCGGCAACAUUUUAGCUUCAUAACUUUUUAAAAAAUAUAUAUGUUUAUGUUUUAUAUUUCCAAAGGUUGAUUCUGUUCAUCUG